AUGUUCAUGGGAAGGGGAUUGUCUAGGUGUGGCUCAGGCUGCCCAGGGGGCUCAGGCCCAGAGCCCAGAGCAACCAGCACAAUAGCGUCCAACAGCUGGAACACCAGCAGCAGCCCCGGGGAGGCCCGGGAGGAUGGGCCCGAGGGCCUGGACAAGGGGCUGGACAACGAUGCGGAGGGCGUGUGGAGCCCGGACAUCGAGCAGAGCUUCCAGGAGGCCCUGGCCAUCUACCCGCCCUGUGGCCGGCGCAAGAUCAUCCUGUCGGAUGAGGGCAAGAUGUAUGGUCGUAAUGAGUUGAUAGCCCGCUACAUAAAAUUGAGGACAGGGAAGACUCGGACGAGAAAACAGGUGUCCAGCCACAUACAGGUUCUAGCUCGGAAGAAGGUGCGGGAGUACCAGGUUGGCAUCAAGGCCAUGAACUUGGACCAGGUCUCCAAGGACAAAGCCCUCCAGAGCAUGGCGUCCAUGUCCUCUGCCCAGAUUGUCUCGGCCAGCGUCCUGCAGAACAAGUUCAGCCCGCCCUCCCCUCUGCCCCAGGCCGUCUUCUCCUCUUCCUCACGGUUCUGGAGCAGUCCCCCUCUCCUGGGACAGCAGCCUGGACCCUCUCAGGACAUCAAGCCGUUUGCACAGCCAGCCUACCCCAUCCAGCCACCCCUGCCGUCGACGCUCAGCAGUUACGAGCCCAUGGCCCCACUGCCCCCAGCUGCUGCCUCUGUACCUGUGUGGCAAGAUCGCACCAUCGCCUCCUCCCGGCUCCGACUCCUCGAGUACUCGGCCUUCAUGGAGGUGCAGCGAGACCCUGACACGUACAGCAAACACCUGUUUGUGCACAUUGGCCAGACAAACCCCGCCUACUCUGACCCGCCCCUGGAGGCGGUGGAUGUGCGCCAGAUCUACGAUAAGUUUCCUGAGAAGAAAGGUGGGCUGAAGGAGCUCUAUGAGAAGGGGCCCCCGAAUGCCUUCUUUCUCGUCAAGUUCUGGGCCGACCUCAACAGCACCAUCCAGGAGGGCCCAGGCGCCUUCUACGGGGUCAGCUCCCAGUACAGCUCGGCCGAUAGUAUGACCAUAAGCGUCUCUACCAAGGUGUGCUCCUUUGGCAAGCAGGUGGUGGAGAAAGUGGAGACUGAGUACGCCCGGCUGGAGAAUGGGCGCUUCGUGUACCGCAUCCACCGCUCCCCCAUGUGUGAGUACAUGAUCAACUUCAUCCACAAGCUGAAACACCUGCCGGAGAAAUACAUGAUGAACAGUGUGCUGGAGAACUUCACCAUCCUUCAGGUGGUCACGAGCCGGGACUCCCAGGAGACCCUGCUUGUCAUUGCUUUUGUCUUCGAAGUCUCCACCAGCGAGCACGGGGCCCAGCAUCAUGUCUACAAGCUUGUCAAAGACUAG